AUGUCUCGUGCUCUCAAACAAGAAGAUGAACGAGAAUUAUUGAAGCUUUACGAAGCAGAGUUUAACCAGCCCGAUCUACAUGACCGAGUUUUAAUAUUUGACGUUGUCGCUUCAUGGCCACUUAAUGUACUAAAUGUUGAUGAAAAUGAAAGAAAUAAGAAUGGAGCUAGCAGUCACAACAAAGAUGGAAGCGAUGGUGAAACAGCCGAAAUUGACAAC